AUGCUUGAAGACCUGCCAAUCGAGGUCCUCCAACAGGUCAUUGGUCAUCUUCCCACGGUAUCGGCGAUAGCCAACCUCUCGUCCACAUCUCGCAAGCUUCGAGCUGUCGUUGCUGAGGAUGAGUCGACCUCCUACCGACCUUUCGUACAGCGGGCAUUUCCCACCAUAAAAACUGCGCCUGCGUGGCGAAACGUCGCAGAAGCUCUAACCUCCAGGUCCCGGGCUUGGGAUAGGCGAGCAUUCGUGGCGAGAGAGUGCUGUCCGCCUGAAAGCUAUUUCCACGCUAAUCGUGAAGGAAUCUCGCGAGCAAGAUCAGUCUUUGGGUUUGCGCCAGCCUUGGAUAGCUACGAGGACUCCGCUGAUGGCAGACGAGAAACGGUUGCAUGGGGUGCAGGGGGUCGUAUCAACAUACGUGUGACAGAACCAAAUUCUACCAAUUGGCAAACGCUGAAAUUUGAGGAUGAUCAUCUACCAACGAAUGACAUUCUCCAGCUGAAGCUAUUGAGACCAUCCCAGGACCCGUCUGCGGGCCAGACACUCGUCUUCCGUCGAGCGAACGAUGAGAUUGCCACCAUCGAGACCACCACCGAGGAGCCUGGGUACUGUCAGUAUGCUAGAUUCGUGGACACAGCGGCCACCGAAUGCAUCGAAGUGAGCGAUUCGAAAGAGCCAAUUCUUGCAGUUGCGAGGACCGGGAAGCUGCAGCUCUAUCCUGUCCAGGAGCAGCAGAACUUCAUAUCGCCGACGGAAACGAUCCGUCUCGAAUAUUUUGCGGCCAAGAAAUCGCGUAUGAGAGGCAUGCAGUUCUUGACUGGGAACACAAUAGCAACGAGUACAGCGUUGCUAGAAGGCCACGAGAACGGUCCCCUACAAGUAUAUGAUAUCAAUGCCCCAGCCACAAGAGGAUCUGCAGUACCGAUCUGGUCAUGUAGACCACCGUCAUCUGGCGGCUCGAAAACCCGCCACAAUGCUCAUGCAAUCGCUCGAUUGGAUCAUGUCUGCGGUAAUGCGGGACAGUUGUUCUUGUCGGGCUGGAGCAGCGGCCAAGCUCGGCUGCACGAUACCAGAAUAUCUCAGCCAUGGGUUGCAGAAUACGUCGAUCCUGUUGACAAUGGACAAAUCUUGUGCUUGGCUGUUAUCGGCCACGAACGAUUCCUCGCGGGCAGUGAUCAGAACGCGUGUUUGAAGACAUUCGAUCUUCGCAUGCCGGGGGAGCAAGCUUAUUCCUACCUUGACGCUCAGUCGGCAGACCGGCAAGGGUCCCGUUCUAAUGUCCACCAGAAUCUGACCAAGCGCCCUCGUCAUGACCAGCGUAGCUUCAACACCUUCCUUUCCGUCUCCAAGUGGCGCAACGAACGUGUAUGGGAUCCUUUACCGCUACCAAGACAGCACAGCGGUGCGGUCAACUACUCUGGAGCUGUAUACAGUCUGUCAAUUCCAUCACCAACAUCUCCAACUGUCUACGCAGGCAUCGAGAACCAUGUCGUGCAAUUGGACUUCGUCAGCACGGAUGACAUCGAAAAAGGCCAAAUUGAUCCACUGCUAUCUGAUUUGAAACAGCAGAAAGACACUCAUGUUUUCAGUCUCGGUUGCUACGAGCGCCCGAGGCCCGGAAAAGAGAGCACUGAUCCGGUAUUGCUCAACAAACAGGCUAUGUGGCAUGAGCUCAAAUCGCAAGGCGAGCGCAAUUUAGAAAGCGAGGCAGCUGGCUGGGACCGACGUUGGCGUCUAGGCGGCACGAGAAGGCCGAGUUGGACCCGUGGACGAGGUAGUGGCCGGGCCAUCGCUCGAAACAGCGGUCGCAACGGCCGUCGGGGCUCCGUAAGUUAG